GAGGGCAGCAGAGCAGCGUAGAUGUGUUGCCCGACCCAGACUUAGACUUGUAGAGAAAGAAGGCGGCGUGCGGAGCUGCGCUCAGUCCUCCCACUGUGAGCUCAGAGAACACGGAGAUCACGCACUGUGCAAAGGUGGAAGUAACUUUUAUCCAGAAGAGAAGAGUUCAAACCCAACCGGGACGCACCUCUGGUCAGAACAGGCGCGAUAUCAGCGGUCAACCAUGUCGGCCUCAUCGGCGAAAGUAAGCAGGAAGGAGAACUCGAACCACGACGGAGCGGACGAGACCUCUGAAAAAGAACAACAGGAAGCGAUUGAACACAUCGACGAAGUCCAGAAUGAAAUCGACAGACUGAACGAACAGGCAAGCGAAGAAAUUCUAAAAGUAGAGCAGCAGUUCAACAAAUUACGUCAGCCAUACUUUCAGAAGCGGUCAGAACUCAUCGCCAAAAUCCCCAACUUCUGGGUCACAACAUUUGUCAACCAUCCACAAGUUUCAGCCCUGCUUGGUGAGGAGGAUGAAGAAGCGCUUCAUUACCUGUCAAGGGUGGAGGUUACUGAGUUUGAGGACAUCAAGUCGGGAUACAGAAUAGAUUUUUAUUUCGAUGAGAAUCCAUAUUUUGAAAACAAAGCUCUCUCUAAAGAGUUUAAUGUGAAUGAGACCGGAGACCCAGUUUCCAAAUCCAGUGAAAUCAAAUGGAAAGCUGGAAAGGACCUGACAAAGCGUACAAGCCAGACGCCAAACAAAGCUGGCAAGAAGCGACAGCACGAGGAGCCAGAGAGCUUCUUUACCUGGUUCACCGACCACUCAGAUGCAGGCGCUGAUGAGCUGGGAGAAGUGAUCAAGGAUGACAUCUGGCCCAAUCCUCUUCAGUACUACCUGGUCCCAGACAUGGAAGACGAGGAAGGUGAUGGUGAUGAUGACGAAGAAGAAGAGGAGGGUCUGGAGGAUAUUGAUGAAGGGGAGGAAGAGGAGGGAGACGAAGAGGACGAAGAUGGUGAUGGAGAUGAUGGAGAGGAUGACGGUGAAGAUGACUAAACCUUUUCCUCUGACUCUGUCCACCUCCUCCAGUGAUCAUCCCACAACCCAUCAGAUCAGGACUUUGUUUUUAGGGAGGGAAGGGGCAUUUGUAAAAAAAGAAAACACAAAAACGGGAUUUUCUUUUGUUUGUUUAUUUGUUUUUGUUUUUUUUGUUGUUGUUGUUUUUUCUUUGCCGUGCGUCGUCAGACUGUCCGUCCUCUUCCUCUGCGGCCAGUGUUUGGAGACCGGCUCUAUCUGCUGUUGAUCUAACCCAAUCUGCAGCGAAUCUCUGACUCCUCACAUGUCAUUGUUCCUCUUCAUUUCCCAAAGACAUGCAAAAAAUAAAAAUAAAAAAAAAAUUUGUAGCAUUCUGCACGUCAUCCUACGUAGAUUUAAAAUACGUACAAUAGCAAUUUUUAUGUAAGAUAGAAAAUGAUUGUUUCUGUUGAAGUCGUGAAAAUAAAAAUAAGCCAUGGUGCAGUGAUAACUCAAUCAUAGCAUCCUUAGCCACUUUUAUAUAUAAAUGUAUAUUAUAAUAUAUCCAGUGGUGGGGUAACUAAGGCUUAUUAGAGGUUUAAUUUUUUUUUUUUUUUUUUUGUGACUUGUUUCUAAUGGAACUGAUCAAAAUAAGCACCAGCUCGUUCCUUCCUUUCAACUGUUGUAAAUGUUUUUGGGAUAAACCUGUAUCAUGGAUAAGACGGCUAACUACGCAACAGUUUUACAGUUUCUGUUAAACUUUCAGUAUCAUUUAUUUUUCAGGCAGCCACAGCAGAGUUUGAAAUGUACAUUUUUCUUUUUUAUUAAAACUACAGAAAAGCUGAAAGUCUAAUUUUGGGCUUCGCGUUUUGAGACAGGAGACAACGUGGUUUUCCUGCUCCACUGGAAACCUGUUCAUGGUAAAUUAAGUGUAACCAGUUGCUUUGUUACAAUAAAUAAAUGUGUUCAUGAUGUU